AUGAAUCAAGAUAUUGCAGCUCUUCCACCUAAACAUUAUCACCUUCAUCGCCAUCACCAUAAUGAUAAUAAUAACAAUAAUAAAGCAGAGAGGGACGGAGCUACUUCUCUUGAUAAAGCGAAGCAUGUCAGAAUUCCUUCUUAUUUGAGGGCAACUGUGUCAUCGAGUAACCGGGCAGAAACCACCAAACUUAGUAGAUCAAGAACUAACUUGCAGACAAACUUAAAAGGCUCUAACAGUACAAAGAAACUUUUAGACUCCAGAACACCCAAUAAUAAUAUCGGAAGGCUGAGAGAUUCCUCAAGAAAGGACAUUAAUAUCACGAUGCGAAAGCACGCAAAGCCUAAAUCAAGUGCCAGCUCUCUCAACUCCACCAAGACUAUUCAUAGUCAUGCACUAAAAUAUAAAGGCUCAUCUAGUAAACUCUCAACUUCUCAAGAUCAAGAAGAAGAAGAAGAAGAAGAAGAAGAAGACGAAGAAGAAGCCAUUCAAAAUAGUCUAAAAAGCUAUAGUACCCAUGAUUUGGAUAUCACAGAAUCUUUACGGAAGCAUAUUCCUUCAGAAUUUAUCAACGUCGAUGACUCAACAUUUCUGCUACCCAAAUCAUCAACUACCUCCAGUCUUCAUAGUCUAAUGACGAAGAAUGUAUCAUCUUCAAAUUCUAGCUCUAAACCGAAAGCAUUAUUAAAUGCCAAAAUAGCUAUAAAGAGGCUGCCUAUUGGACAGUAUAACAUUACACCCAAUAGAAAUGUAUUUAAUGAUCAUGAUGAUUCCAUUAACCCAAUUUCGCCGUCACGAAUUAGAGCCCCUCUGAUCGGUUUAAAGAAAAGCGAUAGCUCAAUUGGAAUGACCGCAAUGGAUAAGAAUGGUCAUUUGAAGCGAAGUCAAUUAGAUGGCGCAUCUCCUAGACAGCAAAAGUCAAAUCAUAAACCAUCUAACUCAAAGUUAGCAAAAAGUGCUUCUCUGUUUGAUGAAUAUAAGAAUCAGCGAAGAGCCAACAGCUUAGAAAAGCCAUUACUUCAAGCACCAAAAGUCAAUGUUCCCAACUCCGCGAAAAAAGCAAUUGGGUCUGUUACUCCUACUAGACAGCCUCGUGAUAUUGAUAUGAAGCCUAAAACCAUUUCACAUUCACAAUCUCUUUCAUAUCUUACACCAAAAUCGCAUCAAAAAAUUAAUAUUAGAAGAACUCCUGAGGAGGAAGAUACUUUUAUCAAACUAAAGAAAUCAAAGAUUCCACAAUUCGCUGACGAGGUAUCGUCAACACAAAUUGACUUGGACAUGGACAUGGACAUUAGUUUUUUAAAGGAGUAUUCAUUUGAUACUGGUGUUUCUAAUCUAUUUGAUGAUUUGAAUAUCGAUGGGUUGGGUGGUGCUAAUAUUCCUCUGUCAAUUCCGGAACAUUCCAGUCAAGAAAAACCUUUGUUACCCAAGCCUCCUAAAGUAUCACCAAAUAACACCGCACUUAAUUUUAAGAAUCAGACUGUCAUGGAUAAUGUGACUGCAUACUAUGAAGAUGGCGAAUCCGAAAUUACUUGUUUGAACCUUGGUAUGGAUAAAUUGAAAAAUUUGAAGUUAGAAAUUUCCAAUAUCGCCGGCGCUUCAAGUGAUUUACAGGAAACAAGGACCGCACCAGUGUCAAAUACCACAAAAAAUACCACUCAAACCGUGAAUAUCUCUCAAUUCACCAAUAGCAUGCAAAAAGAUGAAACAUUUGAAUCUCGGUCAUGCCUAAAUUUAGGCCUCGAUUCUCUGGCGCAUCAUUUUUUCGAAUCUAAAAAUAGUGGACACCACCACAGUACUGUUAUGAAGUCGAUAGAAAACCGAAAAAGCUCAAUUAUAAAAGAGCUGCAAAAAGUUGAUGCAAAAUCCAAGAACGGUAAUGAUUGGGCAUUAAAAAAAAGGAAAAAUGGAACCCUAAAUCAUUCAAAUAGACCAAAGAAUGCCUCAAUACCCAGUACAAAGAAGUCUUUGAAUGAUUCUAGACCUAUUCAGUUGAAGAAGAGUGCCACUUUAAAGCCUAAAAAUACGAAAUCUAUCUCUAAUAUUGCCAAAAAUAUUGGCACAAAUGACUCCGAUAGUAAGACCUCUACUAGUCCUAGAGGAGCAGGGAAAAGAAUGAUACAAAGCAUUCGACGUGGACGCUCCAAUCAUAGUCUGUUAUUGAAUAACAAAGAUGAAAAGAUUGGAUGUGCUAAAGAAUUAUUUUUUGCAUUGAAGAACUGCAGAGAUACAAAAGAUGUCAUUAAAGGUUGGUUGGAUAACCAUAUUAGCGAUUAUGAAGAAGAUCUACAGCAAUAUAAAGCACCUGUUGGCAUUAGUAAUGGAAUAAGAAAACUGACUUCCGUUACCUUGGAUAAUGUCGCGUCCCAUGGAUCGAAGAAUUCUGCUCACAAUCUACACCGUUCAGUUCUGUCUGUGAAUAACAAAAAAUUAGGUCUUAGUAGUAACGAUUUGGCUAAGACAAGGGAUAGAAGCUCUAAGGCAGAUGCGUGCGGACCAGUAUCUAAAGAGGCAAUAUCUUCAAAUGCUGGUAUUGCAGCUCAAGAUUUAAUCCAAAAUCAGCCUUUUCGACAUCGUUCACUCAAUGUAUAUGAGCGUGGUGAGUUGUCCCGCAAGGAUUUGGUUCAUUAUUUAAGACUCUCAGAUAAUGCUCAAAUUACGAUCCAAAUUUCAAACUUCAAGCAGAAUUUUGGUUUUGAUGAUAGUCAAAGGAAUUACAUUGCGUUAGUAGGGGACCAUGUAGACUAUCGCUACGAGAUCUUACAAGUUUUGGGAAGAGGCAGCUUUGGAAAUGUCUUGAGAUGCAAGGAUCAUAAAUCAGGGAAAAUAGUGGCAAUAAAAGUGAUCAAAAAUGAUAUGCAAUGGAGUUUGCAAGCCGUUUAUGAGAUUAAGGUACUAAAGAAUUUGAAUGAUGGUAUCACUGAUAAAGAGGACCAUGGAAUUUUGAAAUAUAUUGAUCAUUUCAAUUUCCGAAGUCAUAUGUGUAUUGUUACGGAGCUUUUAUCCGUUGAUUUAUUUCAAACCAUACAAGCUUCUCAAUUCCAAGGUAUGAGUGUUCCAUUAGUGAUGACUUGGACACAUCAAAUAUUUGAAGCUCUCAAAUUCAUACAUUCUCACAAUAUAAUUCAUUGUGAUCUUAAGCCAGAGAACAUUAUGUUGUAUAGGCCAGAUAGAUUGGAUAUCAAAUUAAUUGAUUUUGGGUCGGCUUGCUACGUCAACGAGACCAGUUACUCUUAUAUUCAGUCUCGUUACUAUCGUUCUCCGGAAGUGUUAUUGGGUGCGCGAUAUGCCACUGCUAUCGAUAUAUGGUCCGCUGGAUGCAUUGUUGGUGAGUUAGUUCGUGGAGAUCCUAUUUUUGCAGGUAAUAAUGAGAAAGAACAAUUGGCAAUGUGGAUUGAACUUCUUGGGGCUCCCAAGCGUCGCACGAUUGUCAAAUUGAGAGAGGAGUUAUUGAAGAAGGGCCCAAUUGACAAGCAGGAAGCGGCUGGUCCGCCAUAUACAUUGAUUGAAACGUCGUUUGAUAAGUUGGGACAGCUCCGUCUGGGAGCAUUGAUACCGAAUGGAAAGAAACGAUACGUCGCAAAUUCGAAAACCUUACAGGAAGUGAUUUUUUCUCACGGGAAGAGUAUCGGGAGAAGCAAAUUGGAAUUAUUAUUGGCACAAAUGAUACAAAGCUGCUUGAAUUGGGAUCCUUUUAAUAGAGUCAGCGCUCCUGAAGUGUUAGAAAGUGGACUAAUGAAGUAUUAUAAGGCAAAUAAAGAAAAGUUUGACGAAGUGGUAUAUCGUACCCGCAAUAAUAAUUUCCAAUAG